AUGGUCGGGCUUGUGUCUUCACACAGGAGAGUCAGUGUUAGAGUGAGCAUUGAGCUGCAAGCAGUGUCCAAUCCGGUUCACAGAAAGGAUUUAGUUAUCCGUCUGACCGAUGACACUGAUCCAUUUUUCCUCUAUAACCUUGUUAUAUCGGAGGAAGAUUUUCAGAGUUUAAAAUUCCAGCAAGGUCUUCUGGUAGACUUUUUAGCUUUCCCGCAGAAAUUUAUUGAUCUGCUUCAGCAGUGUACUCAGGAGCAUGCCAAGGAAACCCCAAGGUUUCUGCUGCAGUUAGUGUCUCCAGCGGCUGUGUUGGAUAACUCUCCUGUCCUUCUAAAUGUGGUAGAGACAAAUCCUUUUAAGCAUCUUACACACCUCUCACUAAAACUUCUACCUGGCAGUGAUGUGGAGAUAAAGAAGUUUCUAGCAGGCUGUUUGAAAUGUAGCAAGGAAGAAAAAUUAUCAUUGACACAAUCGCUAGAGGAUGUUACUAGGCAACUGAAUUUCACACAAAAGACAUUAUCAGAAAAAGUUCAAGAAUUAGAUAAGUUACGGAAUGAAUGGGCAUCCCACACAGCAGAGUUGUCGAGUAAGCAUUCCCAGGAGCUGACCAGUGAGAGGGAAAAGGCCUUGCAGGCGCAGGUGCAGUACCAACAGCAGCAUGAGCAGCAGAAGAAAGAGCUAGAAAUCCUCCAUCAGCGCAACACCCAGCAGCUGCAGAGCAGGCUGUCCGAGCUGGAAGCAGCUAACAAAGACCUCACCGAGAGGAGAUACAAAGGCGACUCCACCAUCAGGGAGCUUAAGGCAAAGCUGGCUGGAGUUGAGGAGGAGCUGCAGCGGGCCAAGCAGGAAGUGCUGUCUCUGCGGAGAGAGAACUCGACGCUGGAUGCCGAGUGCCACGAGAAGGAGAAGCAUGCCAAUCAGCUGCAGACAAAAGCGGCUGUUCUAGAGCAGGAGCUCAGGGACAAGGACCAGCUGGCCCUCAGAACAAAAGAAGCGUUUGACACAGUCCAGGAACAGAAGGUGGCUUUAGAAGAACACCGUGAGAAAAAUCAGGUACAAAUAGGAAAACUUGAAGCAACCAUAAAAUCAUUAUCAGCGGAACUGCUUAAGGCAAAUGAAAUUAUCAAGAAGUUACAAGGGGAUCUGAAAACUUUAAUGGGGAAAUUGAAACUGAAAAAUACAGUCACCAUUCAGCAAGAGAAACUCUUGGCCGAAAAGGAAGAAAAAUUACAAAAGGAACAAAAGGAAUUACAAGAAGUUGGGCAGUCUCUCCGAAGUAAAGAGCAGGAGGUAUGCAAAUUACAAGAACAAUUAGAAGCUACAGUUCAAAAACUUGAGGAAAGCAAACAGCUUCUAAAAAAUAAUGAAAAGUUGAUCACAUGGUUAAAUAAAGAACUAAAUGAUAAUCAGCUAGUGAGAAAGCAGGACGUGCUGGGACCUUCUGCCACUCCACCGGUACAUGCUAGCAGCACGAUCAGAAGUGGACUGUCUCCUAGCUCUAACAUGGUUGACGGUAGGCUGACGUACCCAACUUGUGGCAUCGGGUAUCCUGUCUCCUCUGCAUUUGGUUUCCAGAACACCUUCCCUCAUCCCGUGUCUGCCAAAAAUGCCAUCCACCCGGCUUCAGGACCAAAGGUUCAGUUUAACUUGCAGUUAACAAAACCAAAUCCGUCACUAGGGGACGUUCAGUCAGGAACAACUCUUAGUGUGCCUGGCUCCGCUGAUAAGGAAAAUGGUGAAAAUGUAGGGCUGGAGCCCAAGUAUCUGAAGAAAAGGGAGGACAGCAUUCCUUUGCGGGGGCUCAGCCAGAAUCUCUUCAGCACGGCAGACCAUCAGAAAGAUGGCCCGUUAGGAGCGCUGCAGACAUCCUGCAAACCCGCCUCGGUCCCUUCCUCCUCCUCUGCGUACUUCCCCGGGCAGCUGCCGCACAGCUAACAGUGCCCUCUGCCCGCAUGAGCUGUCACCGCCUGGUGGAGGAACCGUGCGGCAGGGGACACCCCACACGCACGCAGGAGCAGUGGCAGAGCUGCCUGGUGGGCAGCAGGCUGUGCGCGUCUCGGGUGCUGCUGUUGUUGCUGUCCCUGCCGGCAGGCGGGCGGCUCAGAGGAGCCGAUUGGACUUGGGGACUUGGGGAAGGGAGGCUCUCGGAGUCGGUGCCAGGCUUUGGUGUGUGAACACGGUGCUUUACAGGACAGCAGUGGGUUGUCUGAGCAGCUCUUACACGUGCCAAGGCAAGGGUUGGUCGUGAUAAGGGACGUUCUAAUCACAGUGACUGCCUGGUAACGUCACACUUGUCCAACGGAAUGGGAGCCAGAGGAUGCUCGUAAUUCGUUUUAUUUUCAUUGGUAAAAAGUUUUAAAUUUGCCACCUAAGAAUUAUGAGGGAAGAUGUUUAUCUCCUAAGGUGUCUAUAUUAUCGACGAUAAUGUAAAGGGAAAAAGUCAUAAAUCAAUCCUUUAUAGCAA